CACUUCUCCUCUCUCGCUCGCUCGCACUCUUUCCCCGAAGGUAAGCUAAUUCCCGUGGCAGGUUUCUGCUGGCAGAGGGGCACAUACGGCUCCUCCUCUGGCGUCCAAAGCCCCGCAACCCCUAUCCACCUACUGUGCUACCUCCUCGGCUUCCAGCUCUCUAUACAUACCCAGCGGAAUGGAAAAGGAGGGAUUUUUCGCCGUGAACUGGCAGCCGAAGAUGUAUUCCGGGUCCGACGGCGAUCAAUUGCCGCAUUCCUACCUCAGCCUCAGCUGGGGGCAGCCCAUGUGCCACUGCCGCGAUACCCACUUGGAGUCGGCGCUCAGUUCGCUCGUCUCGUCGCCGUCGUCCAGCACGCCUGCCGGCAACGAAACCGUCGUCGUCAGUGAGCGCAGCGGCCGGCUCUGCAGCAUCUGCAACUCCGGGGAGAUAUCCCCUCCCUCGCGGUACCAGAGUGCUAACAACACCUCGUGUUACAGGACGCCGCUCGAUUCCCCUCCGAAGCUCAUUCUUUCCACGAUGGGUCACCAGCAGCAGGGCAGGGCACCCCUGCCGAUGCCGGGGAAUCAAACGGCGGCCGAGCAAUUCGCGCCGUUCACAGCCGACUCGGGAUUCGCGGAGAGAGCCGCGAGGUUGUCGUACUUUGGAGCGACGAGUGGCGGCGGUCUUGGGGCCCAAGUCGGCCUCGCCGAGGCUGUAAAGCUGUCGAGGGUCUCAAGCAGCCAGUCUCUGAUGGCAGCCAGCCGGCAACAGAUGGGAGCUUCGAACAGCGGCAAGGAGGCACCAAUGACGGACGCAGAGAGAUCGAAGACGGAGACAAGGUUGAAGCUUGGUGGUCGGACGUCAGGAUCUUCGACGCCAGACGAAUCGUCGUCCAUGUCGGAUAGGAUGACGACGAGCAGUGCAGAGACCAACUCGAGGAAGCGGAAGUCAGCUCCAAAGGGGGCACCUUUAACAUCCUCCAACACGAAUCCUCUCAAGCUGAGCGAGGUGGGAGAUUCUGAUACAAAGAGAUGCAGACCAGCUGAAACCAAUGCGACGGCGGUCGAGCCAAAGAAACAGAACAACAGUGCGAAGCCUUCGGAGUCCCCCAAAGACUACAUCCAUGUCAGGGCGAGAAGGGGACAAGCCACCGCCAGCCACAGCCUCGCGGAGAGGGUCAGAAGAGAGAAGAUCAGUGAGAGGAUGAAGCUUCUGCAGGAUCUUGUGCCGGGCUGCAGUAAGGUAACUGGCAAAGCGGUAAUGCUGGACGAGACCAUCAACUACGUGCAGGCAUUGCAGCGGCAAGUCGAGUUCUUGUCGAUGAAGUUGGCGACCUUAAAUCCCCAACUAGACUUCUCAUGUGCUCAGCAACCUCUGGGGAUCCCUCUUGAGAGCAUGGUGGCCAAUGGAUCUGAUGUACAUGGAUCCCUCUUCGGAUAGGCAUCUGGGAGAACGACCUCCUCUUAAGUCUGCCUGCCGAAUUGCAGCAACAUUUUCUUCUUGCCUCAGAUGUAAGAUUGUAAUAAUAUGGGAUGGUAUGGUUGAUGCUAUAUUGUAUUAUGAUAAGGAUGAAA